AUGGCGUGUUCUGAGGACCAGCGCUCCUGCAUUUCAGCCCUCAGCAUUAUCAGCUCCGUCAAUGUUUUGCUUUCUCUCUUUAUCUCAGCCACAUCCUCCCAGUUUUUGGACCCAGACUCUACUACAAUUCCUCCGAAAAAGCCAGAUCCUGUGACAUCAGAGACCGUGGUUUUCUGGGGCCUGCGACUAUGGCAAGUGGUCGGUGUCUUCUCCAUAUUCGUCUUGGCCGUGAUAAUCGUACUAUGUUGCAUCUUCAAGUGUCGAAUACCUAGGACAAAGAAGGAAAUUGAAGCACGUUAUGCCCAGCGUCAAGCUGCAAAGAAGUACGCCAACACUUUGGAUAAUGUCCCUCCACUGAAUGAACUGACAGAGAUGCCAGGAGAUUCUUCUGACACUAUCCCUCUGCAAACUGUCUCUGGUCAACUCCAGCACAGAUCUGUCCACUCUCUUCCAGUCCUUCAAGAAGAAGAUGAAAUGGCUCCUCUCUGA